AUGCAACAUGAGGCAGUUCUUUCAAAUGAGCGUACGUCAAAUGAAAGCACAAAACGAAGAAAGCACAAAAGGAAAAAGAAAAGAGAAAGAUCAUCAACAACAGAAAAAAACUCUCUUACCUCUGACGAAAGGGUUACAGACCGCACAGAAAAAAGUCAAACUUCUCUUCAAAAUGAAGCCUGUACGCUAGUCAAUAAGCAUAGUUCAACCAAUAAAGAAAAUUCUAAAGACGAACUGCCUGAAAAAGUCCAUUCAGAUCACAGCCAAACGAAUGAUUUAUCCGAGAAAUCUGUAGAUCAUGAAGACAGUUUAGCUGAUGAUGUUGACAAAUCAAAGAAAAUCGUAAAGAAAGAAGAACAUGUGGAAUCCAGAAGAAGCAUUGCUGAUGAUUCCAUUUCUUCAAACAGUAUACAGAAUGAAACAUUUGCUGGGCUGAAUAAUAACAGUCGGCUAUUAGAAAGUGCAAUGAAUGGUGUAUCAGAUGCAACUCCAUCAACAAGCCGGGAGACUAGAAAAGGAAAUGACUCUUCACGACAUGAUCUGACUGAGAAUAGUGUUCAGACUUUAGUGGAAAAUAAAAUGGAAAAUAUAAAACAGGAACUUCAGAAAGUAAGAAAAGAAUUGAUGGAUUAUAAUAAUGUAACUAAUCAAGUAAGAGUCGAUAUGUCUGGUUUGGAAGAAAAUAUGAAGUUGGACACAAAACAUCAUGCAAAACAAAUUGAAGAGAAGUUAAUGAAUCAGACAACCCAACUUCAGCAAGGUCUAACACAACUGGAAGAAAUCAUCAAGAAAUCUACGCAGACUGAGGAAGUAUUAGAACACAUCAAAGCUAACAGGAAUAAAAUCGAUGACCAAAAACAAGAAAUCAAAGAUAUGAAAAAUACGUUACUGAAGCUUCAGGAAGACAUUUCUCGUUUGUUGAAUUUACAAAGUGAGAGAGAAAAUUUGAGUAAAACUAUUAAAGAGGACAGUAAUACUCAAAGUACACCACAAACAGAAAAUUUACCGAGCAGCUCAACAGUCCAGAACAUAACAAAUCAAACAGACAUAGAUAAUAGGGUUUGUAUUAAGAAAUGA